CCCCAGGGAGACACCGAACCCGGGAGCGAAGGAAGGGGAAGGUGGGGAAGGUGGGAAAGGGUGGCUGCGGCCGAGCCGGCAGCUGCCGCGACCCAGCAGCUCCCGGGAAGGGGACGGGGAAGGGAUGCGGGAGCGGGAGAAGCAAAGCAGAGACAGAGUAAGACCCCAGUAGUAAGAUCUCACCAAUCCUUGGCUGAAUGUCCUGGCAGUCCCGGGAAGCUGAAGACGGUCGCUGCAGAGUUCCAGCAGAUUUGGCACCUUUAAGGGGAUUUGAGGGUAACCUGUGCAGUGCUGGACGUGGGGCUCAGCGUGGAAGAAGCUGCCGUGCUGAGGCUCCAGGUGCUGCCGUGGCAGAUGCUCUUUGGCAGCCGUUGGUGAGACAUCUGUGCCGGGACGGGGAAGAACUUCCUGAGGUGAAGCCAUCCCUUCCUUCCAGCAGGAGGUGACCGUGGGUGGAGAAGGGGAGCUGGCACAAACCCCUCCGUCACUGACUCCGCCACCAUGGCCCGGCCGUGGCUCCAUCUCUGCAUCUGCCUCCAGAUCCCAGGCUUCUGUACAAACCUACUCUUAUCCCAAACUCCAGAGCAUAUUUUAGCCCAAACUAACAAUAAAACAGAAAUCCUCUGUGAGCUGAAGAAGGAGCACACCGGGCUGUACUGGUACCGCUGGAGCCAGGAGAGGCAAACCUUUGAGUUCCUGGUAUUUUCCAACGUAUUGGGCAAAACCACAUAUGGUGCAAACAUCAGCCAGAACAAGUUUAGUGUCCAUAGGGCGAGUGUCCACAACUCCUACAGCCUGCACAUCAGCCACCUCCAUGCCUCGGACAACGGCACCUAUUACUGCUCCGUUUCCCAGUCCUCCCAACUCUUCCUGGGCAGUGGGACACAGCUCAGUGUGGUUGAUGUUUUGCCUCUGCCUUCAAAGACCACUCAGGCACCAGUCUCCAAAAAGCCCAUAAGGUGCAUAACCAAAUGCAAAGCUGCCAGCAAGAAAGGUCCCUGCAGCCCCCUGAUCUGGAUUCCUCUGGCUGCUGGUGCCCUUCUCCUCCUCCUGACCCUGAUCUCCAUUGCCCACCGUCUCCACCGUCUGCGUCGAAGACUGUGGCUUCGCAUCCACCGGCAGUAAAUCCCACCAGCUUCCCCUGCCUCGAAUGGGCAGGGAGAAGCUACAGACCCUCCCCUGCACGAUGCUGAGCACUGCCUGGACACGACCCAGAAAGAACAUUACAGGGGACAGACGUGGGCUUGUACCACAGAAGAGAUAUUUCUUUCCUGCAACAGCCCAUGACUUUAAUGUUUUCAUCAGCACAAUGUCUGGUGAAAGGACCAGUCUGGAUUCUUCAGCAUCCUGAGCACUUUUCACAGGGGACUGAGCAGGGCAAAUGUCAUAACUGGGUCUGCACAGGGGGAAGGGGGCUGGUGUACCAAAGGGAUUCAGAUGGGCUGGGAAGGUACUGUGAGGUUUUGGGUUGCUCCCGCUAAUGCUGAUUGCUAAGACUUUGGUAACGAACUCUUUGAGAGCAACCGGCAGGGAUGGGGUGAGGGCAGGACCCUGCAUAGAUUGUAAAGACCCUGUGCAGGAAUGUUCAAUAGCAAAAGUGAAUAUAUCACUCUGGCAUUUUGCUCUGGUGUCUUGUGGCCCUACUUGGUGAGAGACGUGGUUGCGCAGCAAGAAAGGAACCAUGGCCUCUGCCCAAGAACGAGUUAAAGCAGCUGCAGGGGGUAGCAGAUCUGGGAGGGUGUUUUCUCCCAUGAGAGACUGCAAACAGCCAAGAGUGGGAGAGGAGAGCCAGACAAAGCCAUGCACACAAGGCCAAACACCUGGCGCAGCCUGAAGGUCGACACCACCUGUGAGAACAAACAGAGGCAGCC